AUGGCAUCAAACAGUACUGAAUUGGCUGUUGUGCAUACGAACACAUCGACUGAACGAUUAUUUGUGGCUUAUUUUUCUUUAAUUAUUGCAGUUGUAGGAACAACACUCAACUCACUCACAUUCAUUGUUCUUUGUCGGUCAAAAUUGAGACAAGCACAAACAAGACCAACACUCUAUUAUAUGAGAGCUAUGGCUAUCUUUGAUAUUCUUAUGUUAUACGCAUGGAAUAUUGAUUAUUAUUUUUCAACUAUUUACGGAUUUCUGCUUCAAACUUUAAACAUACCAUUCUAUGCAUUAGAUGCAAGUGUUUAUACUUACCAUAUGCUAUCAUUCCCAUUGUAUUUAAUUACAUUUGGUGAAUUUCGACAAGAGUUUUUUGCAAUGAUUAAAUGCAACAGACAUAGUGGAAGAAUUGGACCGCCAACAGGAACUGGUUCAGCAGCAAGAAUAUUGAAUAAAGCAAACGCAGUGGUCACGAAUUAA